CGACUUGUCGUGUAUCAGUGUAUGACUCCUUCGUUUCAACCCUUUACACAAAUUAAGAUGUGAUCAGCAGUACUCACGUUUAACCUUUUAUCUGUCGUCUCUUUCUCUCUCCUCUCUUUGCAAAACCUCCUUCAAACAAACAGGCUACAGUACGUAAUUGAUCAUCUGGUUGAAUUCUUUAGUCGUUUGAUAAUAUAUUGAGUUACUGAUCAUCGGAAUUUGGUGGGUUUUGAUCUAACUUGGGUAUUGUAAGUUUCCAAUUUCUGCAUUCGAGAUUCAGGUGCACUCGACUCAACCUCUCUCUUCCAAUUUCGAUUUAAUUUCUAGUUUGAUUCAGUGGGGUUGAUAUAAUAUUGGAAGGAACUACUGGGUUGUUGAUUAAUUUUAGGUCUUCGUGAAAUUUGAUCAUCUGGUGUUUAAUUGAAUUGAAUAGAAUUUUCAGAUGGUAUAUCACAAUUCUUCAAUUGAUCAAUCUACUAGAAUGACUGUUUCGAUGAGUAUUACUGACCCUUAUCUGAAACCAAAACAAAUUAAUCAAAUUUCGAAAAAUCGAAAAAUGCCCAAUUCAUCAAAUCAUCAGAUUUCGUCGAGUUGUUGUGAAUCUCGUUUAGCUGUUCUUGAUAUGGUUAUGUUGAUAUCUGCAAUUGGUGCAAUUGGGUAUUUGGUGUUUCCCUAUGUUAGUUUUACAUACAUGAAAGUGGCAGAGAUUGGUGGUUUAGUUUGCUCGACUCUGAGGGAUGAAAUAUAUGAGAAUCCGGUUAUUUACGGAUCGUUGGGGUUUAGUAUGGUAUGUGUAGGGAUGGCUGCUUGGGGGAUUGUGAUGUGUACAACUCGAAAGUGUGGCAAUCCAAGUUGCCGAGGUCUUUGGAAGGCGGCUGAGUUCGACAUACAGCUUGAGACGGAGGAAUGUGUAAAGAACUCGAAUUCAAUGGUAAAGGAUGGUGUUAAGAAGGGGUUAUUCGAGUUGCCGCGUGAUCAUCAUCGUGAACUGGAGGCAGAGCUUAAGAAAAUUGCACCCCCAAAUGGAAGGGCGGUUCUCGUGUUUCGUGCUAGGUGUGGAUGUUCUGUUGGUAGGAUGGAGGUUCCAGGUCAGAGGAAGCCUCGAAAGAUCAAGAAGUAGAUUGGUGUUUAGACUCUUUUGGUUCCAUGGAUAUACUCACUAGAAAACUUGAUAGCACACAGGACCUUUAUAUUGAGUGUUUGUUUUUAAAUAAAGUUGAUAAUAAUAACUUGUAACAACUGCAUACAUACAGUUACAGUUGGUCAUGCUUACAAUGGUAAUAGAACUAUCUUUCCUGAAUUACAUUAUAAAACAAGUUUACUGUACAAUGUUUAAUGUUUAUUAUUAUUUAUAUACUGCUCAUUGUUUUAUCUUUCCAA